AAGACCAAAUGUCAUAAAUUUAUAUAAUCAACAUGUGGAAAGUCACAAGCAUAACGUCUUUGCCAUAAUAAAGUCAUUGAUGCAUAGAAAUUCAAAGAGAGAAAGUGCUACCCCUGGACAUUUGUCUCCUGUCGCGUCUCCGAAAUCACAAAAGCUUGGUUUUCAUAGUUUAUUCAGCAAGCGUGAUCAUGAUAAAUUAUCGGCAUCUGCAAUAUCAUCUCCAAUGAUGAAGAUAUCACCACCUAUAAUGAAGCUCCGAUAA